AUGAGUAUGACACAACUGCAUCCCGCCCCUAGAGAAACCGUCCUGCCACCAUCGCCAGAAAUCGCAUACAGCAUUACCCAACACUACCAUCACUCGGCCCACAGAAUCGCCCAGCACACAGAUCAACCCUCAAGCAUCGAUAUUCUGAGGCAUCACGGCCUUGAUCCAAACACCCUUACCCAGGAUCAGCUAGCUCUCUUUGAAAACGCCGAUGCAGAGCAGAGAGAACGACUGAUCCAAACAUGGCAGCUGUACUCGCAGUUUGGAACUGAAGUCAGUGCCCCUGCUCCGGACUUUGCUAUGCAUGAUUCUGCUAUGGACUACAGUGGGGAUGGAAAUGUCUAUACCGAUGCUGAACCGUACAUGGUAUCUGGCUACGAGAAUGCUGCCAACCAAGCUCCUCAUCUACCUAAAGAACCCACCACUGGUGAAUCCUAUGUUCCCUCAAAGGACCCGGUGUAUCAAGGCCAGCAAUGGUGGGAGAUGACCAGAGCUGCUCCAAUGGAAUCACAAUAUGGCGCAUUUCAAGAGAUGGGACGAUACUACCCUAGCUGUGGUGUAUACCACCAUUAG